AUGGUUUAUUUAUCAGUGAAGAUCACGUUGAAGUUUCUACUUGCUUUCAACUCUUUGUCUUCCCACUCUUCUUCUUCUCGCUCUAUACAUACUUCUACUGGCUCCCAGGCCUACCUUGACAGUCGGCCGUCUUUCAGACAUAAUAUUUUCCCCCCCAGAAGCAAGACUUUUCAGCAGCUAAUAUUAAGGAACGAUUUUUUUUCGCAGAGUAUAUGCUGCCUUUGGUACGCCAAGGCAGCUGUCAACUGUACUGGCAACGGACGAUUUCCACAUUUAGACGACCCACUAUGUAAAUCAUAUUACAUGUGUGUAUAUUUACCGUGGAGUGGAAGCUAUGUACAUUAUAACUAUACUUGUCCCAGCACAUCUUUAUUUAAUCCAACCACAGCGCAGUGCACGACUAACUACACCUGCAAUGGGGCGACGGUUUGCACAGCAGUGGGCCGGAUUCCGGAUCUCUCGACAAAUUGUUCCGGUUACAUCGAUUGUAUUUAUAUAAACGGUGCAAUCUUGGAAAAUCCAGUUAAAUGUCCUGGGAACAGUUUAUUCAAUCCGGCUUCUAGUGAUUGUGAAUUUAAUUAUUCUUGUACACCUGUGUGUUUGGCGGUCGGUAGAUUCCCCGAUACAACAGUUCCUGAUUGUAAAAAUUACUAUAUGUGUCUCCGACUUGGUGAUGGUACGUUGGUGUCAUACAAUAAUUAUACAUGCCCAUCUAUUUCUGUAUUCAAUCCAAACACACAGAUGUGUACUACAAAUUACACUUGUACUACGUAA